AGUAGGAGCACCAGGUCAGACCAAAAACACUCCGGCACGUAAGCAUACACAGUGCUGCAUUUUUCUCAGGUUAAGACAAAUGAAUGUGUUCAGCAUGUGUCCGGACGUGUAGAGGAAUAUUUUAAGCAGAAUAAUAAUAAUAAUGCUAAUAAUAAUAAAUGUAAAUCGUCCUGUGUGCAGCGGCAUCGUCCUGCUUCCUGCACUGCUUUAAAGGACGUGCAGCAUGUUUUACUGCUGCACAUGAACUGAAAUAAAAUGUCUAUUUAAGGUUUAUUUAACCUAUGCAAUAAAAUAGCAUUAUCUGAGAGUCAUUUGCAUCCAGUCCAGAUGAUAAAAUACGAACAGCAGCAAAGGUGAAGUUAUAUUUUUAUUUUAUUUUUUUAAAAGCAUAAGUCAUGAAGGAAGUUUUGCGGAAGAUACACAGCAUCUUCCUAAAGGUCGUCCUGUUUCCGAGAACAUUUGGCAGCACAGGCCCGCGGCCAGCUGCCUCCGAAGUGUUGACCUGCCACCUGCUGCAGCGUAAACUACCUCCGUGGACCUCAUACUGUGUCCGCUACAGCUCCGUCCACAACGACCAGUUUGGACUGUCCAACUUUAACUGGAGGGUGCAGGGAGAAAACUACCAGAUACUGAGAACAGGCUGCUUCCCCUUUAUAAAAUAUCACUGCAGCAAAGCACCUCCACAGAACCUGGACUUUGAGGACAAGUUUUUCACCAUGUUGAAAGCUAUUAAUCUGGGCAUCCCUUGUUUGGCCUAUGGCAUCGGUUGCUGGAUGGUGGUGGGAGCUGCAGAAACAGUGCAGACGAGUGUGGGACCCGUCACUGUGUAUUUUGCCUAUAAAGAAGACGAAGGCGCGCAGUACUAAACCACAAACUAAAGACUAUUUUGAUUGUGUUUUCAAGAAACUCUUCCAAAAGCUGCUGUAUUUACAACCGUUCCCGAGGUGUUGUUCUGGUGGACCUAUCGACCAAAGUGCCAUCUUGUGUCAUUAGUGCUCCCUUUUGUCUGACUGCACAGGUUCAUUUUAGGUGUUUAAUUAUUUAAGAUUUAAAAGUUGCAGUGGAGGAGUCAGUUAUGCAUGUUAUUACACUGACAUACAAUACUGACUGUGUUUAUUCAGAAAGCUACAUUUCCAUGAAAGAUUAAUGGAAAGUUUAGGAUUUCUUGAAGAAUAGACAAUUUGACACUACGCCUUUUCCUGGAUGUCUUCACAGCGGUGUUUGUGAACAUUGUAUCAGCCUCCAGUGUCUUCAUAGUCACUGUAAAAGUUUAUUUUUGCAUAAAUAUUAAAGUGUAUGAAAUGACAA